GAGACUUUCGCCAAAGUCGGCGCCGGGCUGCACGCACAAGGCGGGGUUUUAGUGGCCGCCAUUUUCUCGCCUCCCGGCCGCAGCCGCUCCCGCUUUUCUGGGCCGCCCCCUCGCUGCCCGCGCCGCUCCCAGCGCGGCUCCCGCAGCCCAGGCUCUUGAAGCAAUAGGCUGUUGGAUUUUGAUCCCGCCCAGAAUACUUGAGUUUUUGUCAGCAAGGAUAUAUAAUAGCGGUUUUGCUUGCCUACAUAAGAAAAAAAGGCAAUGGAGACUGAACAACAGGAGGAGACCUUUACCAACACAGAGACAAAUGACCUCUCUACAGGCAAACGUCCUGCAGAAGAUAUGGAGGAAGAGCAGGCCUUCAAAAGAUCUCGGAACACUGAUGAGAUGGUUGAACUGCGCAUCUUGCUUCAGAGCAAAAAUGCUGGAGCAGUGAUUGGAAAAGGUGGCAAAAAUAUUAAAGCACUUCGUACAGACUACAAUGCCAGUGUUUCAGUCCCAGACAGCAGUGGCCCCGAGCGCAUCUUGAGUAUAAGUGCAGAUAUAGAGACAAUUGGAGAAAUCUUGAAGAAGAUUAUCCCUACUUUAGAAGAGGCAUCGUAUUUACAGUAUCAACACUACAAAGGCAGUGACUUCGACUGCGAACUUCGACUUCUUAUUCACCAGAGUUUGGCAGGAGGCAUUAUUGGCGUCAAGGGUGCUAAAAUUAAAGAACUCAGAGAGAACACUCAGACCACCAUUAAGCUCUUCCAGGAGUGCUGUCCUCAUUCGACUGACAGAGUGGUGCUUAUUGGUGGAAAACCUGAUAGAGUUGUUGAGUGCAUCAAGAUUAUCUUGGAUCUGAUCUCUGAGUCUCCAAUUAAAGGACGGGCCCAGCCUUAUGAUCCCAAUUUCUAUGAUGAAACGUAUGACUAUGGUGGCUUCACAAUGAUGUUUGAUGAUAGAAGGGGACGGCCAGUGGGCUUUCCAAUGCGUGGAAGAGGAGGUUUUGAUCGAAUGCCCCCUGGUCGCGGUGGACGACCUAUGCCUCCUUCAAGAAGAGAUUAUGAUGAUAUGAGCCCUCGCAGAGGACCUCCACCACCUCCACCAGGUCGUGGUGUUAGAGGUGGCAGCAGAGCUCGUAAUCUUCCUCUUCCUCCUCCACCACCUCCUCGUGGCGGAGAUCUGAUGUCCUAUGACCGAAGGGGCAGACCGGGAGACCGUUACGAUGGCAUGAUGAUGCAGUGUCAUGUGGAUGCCUGUGAUGACAUGCAGCCACCAGAGUUGUUUGAGGGUGGCUCUGGUUAUGAUUAUUCUUAUGCAGGGGGGCGUGGUUCAUAUGGAGAUCUUGGUGGACCCAUCAUCACAACACAAGUAACGAUUCCCAAAGAUUUGGCAGGAUCUAUUAUUGGAAAGGGAGGCCAGAGAAUCAAACAAAUACGUCAUGAGUCAGGAGCUUCGAUCAAAAUCGAUGAACCACUAGAAGGCUCAGAAGAUCGGAUAAUAACUAUUACAGGAACACAGGACCAGAUACAAAAUGCACAGUAUUUGCUGCAGAACAGUGUGAAGCAGUAUUCUGGAAAGUUUUUCUAAGACUAGUGAAGAACUGAAGGAGUCCUGCACCCCUUUUUUUUUUAUCUGCUUCUGUUUAAAAAGCCAACAUUCCUCUGCUUCAUAGGUGUUCUGCAUUUGAGGUGUAGUGGAAUCUUUGCUGUACACCAGAUGUUAUGUUUUACUUCCUUACAGAUACAUGGGGGGGGGAAGGGCGCACGAGACUAACAUUGAAAUUUUGAAGUGGCAGAGAGAAUGAAUUCUAUUUUUGUUCAUUGUUGGUGGUAAAUUGUACUGUUUUUCUGUAAUUGUUGUGAACACCCUGCUUUAUUAUGUACACUGUAUCUUACUUCGAAGGGGGAGAAUAUGGUAGGUCCCAUGUCCCUGGCAUUUGUUGAGAGCAGUGUGCAGAAUGAAAAGCAUUUUUGUAAGAAACAUUUUAGGAUUUUUCAAUAAAUUUAGUCAACCUAUUCUUGGUGUUCAUUUUUCUUCAGGUCUACACAAGAUCAUAACUAAAAUGGAUACACCUAGUUUGUUUAUAAAUUAAAGUUCCUGUUAAGCUUGCUCUUCAGUUUCUUUUAUAUAUAGAUGGAGUUAUGUGGGGGUUUUUUGACAAAUUAAAGAGAUCGUGUGAAAACAAUGACUGCUUUGCUGUUUGGGGGGCAGAAAGGUGAAAAUACGCAAAUGUGUAAAACUUGAAAUUUUUGCAAGUGUUUGGCCCUCUUUGCAAUACCUAUAUAUAUUGGUGACAGUAUAUAAAUAAAAUACUUUAAAACUUUGUGAUGUCACUGAGUAAACAGUUGUAAAGUACACCUGGUUUUAGACAGCUUGCUUCAUGCAGAGUUGCUCUACCAUUACUGAAAAAAUUAUACCUGUUUCCUGAGCUUUUGUUUGUAUGAGGUAGGAAUUGCAAAUUGGCAAGAUGAGAUAUAACUAUGUAACUUGUUUUCCAUUGUAUGCAAAACUUCAACUUGUUUCCCAGAUGUUUGUAGAGUUCCGUAAGAAUUAUUUGUGAGAAAUUAAAAAAAAAUUUUAACGCC